UAGUUUUGACGCCAUUUUGAGAAAAACAGUCAAGGCGGUCGCCAUAUACAAUGGCUUCCAACGUACCUCUGACAGGACUGCAGGGCCAGAUACCUAUCCGGAGGAAAGGGAAUACAAAGUGCUCUGCCCAUAGAAAUAAGGAUGUGAUUUUACACUGUACUGACUGCAGUAUUUUGGUGUGUCUUUCGUGCAGUAUAUCGACUCACAGUGGCCAUACACUUACGGAAAUAUCGGACAUAGCGCUACAGAGGAAGGAUGUUUUGCAGGAUUUUAUUCACGACAUUGAAAAUAACAAACUCAUUCAACUACAGAAUGAAAUGCAAUCAAUUGAAAACAAAAUCCAUGAAAACGACACCAACUUUAAGGAUCUUGGCCAGCAAGUGAAGAAGCAGGGGGAGGUAUGUAAAAAACAAAUCGAUGUCCUUACCGACGAGUUUGUCUCCAUCUGUGACAAUUUAGAAAGAGAUAAUAGAGACUUGCUUUUGAAGUACAAGGAUGAACUCCAACAACGGUACAAGUCUCUUCUUGAACAGGUGAGAGAAUGCAAGGAAAUACUACAAACGGGUACAGAUAUCCUAGUUUAUGAUUCGGUGUCUGACCUAUCCGCUGUGUACAUCCCAGAAGUACCGGUGUUGCACGAAGGUGACUUUCAUCCUUGUACAUUAAUCACUGACCAGUUGCGGAAGGCGUUAGGCAUGUUGAAUACUUCAUCAGGACCUCUGAAUACUUCUUCAGAAAAGAUCCAAUCAAAGGCUAUUGCAGAAGGAUCUACAUUACAGGUGCAAUUUCUAGAUGAACCCGCUGUGUUGACAAAAUUUAAGAGUCCUAUGGAUUGUACUUCAGUCUGCCCCACCGCCUCUGGUGCUUGGCUCUAUGACAAUGAAUCGAAUGUGUUGUUGUUGGUAGACGCAAAAGGAGUAAUAAAGCAAAGGAUCCAGUAUCCCGGCAGUAAUAUUAUGGAUAUCAGCAUUUCACAAGCAGGCAAUCUGUGGUUUUGCUGUAGGAACAACUUCUCCAUCAAUGAAGUAGCAGCAUCCUCGUUUGUUCCAAUCACUAGAUUUGAAGCUGAUACAUGGCCGACAAGUAUCUGCAUCACAAAGGAGGGAAAUGUGGUAGUUGGUACAAGACAUGUGAAGGAUCCGGAAGGAAAACUGAGUAUCUACACAACAGAAGGUCAUUUGAUGCGCUCAACCUUUGCUUACAAGAAAGGUUCGGUGUUUGGUACGCCGUUUUCUAUCUCGGAGUGUUCAGUAACAGGAAGCUUUGCAGUAACCAGUUGGGAAAAAAAGAAUGAGGAUGGAACUUGGUCUAGUAACGUUCGUGUGUAUGAUCAAGAACUCAAAUUCAGGUUUGACAUGGGCAAAUAUGGAGAAGAACGAGAAAUAGAGAUGUCGUCGCGUUGUCCAUGGGGUGCUGCUUACGAUAGCAAAGGACAUUUACUUGUUGGAUUCAACAAUAUGGUAAAACUGAUGAGUGGAAAUGGGCAGUAUCUGAGGACAAUUAUCAAAGAUGAUGGAAGUUUUACUGUUGUAACCUUCGGCGUUCAACCUGAUGAUGUAUUGUGGGUACAUUUUUAUGCAAACAAGUUAGAGAAACGGAGAACGUUUGGAAAACUGCUUAGGAAACGAUCCGACUCAACUGCAUGCAAGUCAGAGAUUAAAACUACAAAGUAUUACAAAGACUAACGGAUGGACACAUUCACCCUUGACAGUAGGGAUAAUGGUAUGGUGGGUACCUGGUUAAAGUACCAGUUUCUAGUGACAUUGUGGCACAAUACGUUUUAUGUGUCAGCGCUUAUAAACUUUAAUAAGGCUAUAUGAUAUCAUAUGACAUCCUAAGGAUGUUAAGCUUAUUAUGUCAUGAUAACAUUUGUAACUUCAUUUACUGACAUGUAAGAAAUGAAAGACGAACAACGAUCACAAUUUCACAAUUGUAUGCAUUUACUAAAGAUACGUUCGCGUUAGGACACAAAAUGUGAAUUAACAUUAAUUUGUACGUAUUAUUCCAUCAUACUGAACUGAACAUGUCUCUCAGAUAAAGGUGUUUUAGCAGUGUGUAGAGGUGUUGACGUUUUGUAUAAAUCUUUUUCGCUAAAUCUUCGAAAGUAAUAUCUUCAGUAUUACAAAAUAAUUUUUGGUAAUAAUUAAUUGGUAAUUAAAGUACUCCGGACACUUAACUGACACAUUCUGCUGUAUAUGUAACUGAAAGAUAUAUGAAUGUGCAUAACUCAAUAAACAAUGUUCUUAUCGGGACUUGUCAGACUGCGUGCUGUGUAAAAAGAUCAAAAGGCUCACGCGCCUUAACGGUCACAUCAGUUAUAUUACAGGCAGUUUUUAUUGUAUGAGGAAAUGGAUAUAAACAUGUAAACAAAGAAAUAAUACAUUACUUGUUAUGACACCAAAGGGACAAUGAUACCAAAAUAUUCAAAUAAACUAUCUUGGUAUCAGAUGAGGAAUAAUA